AAGUGAUGUUUUUCCUUUCAUGUGGAGGAGUUGCAAUGAACAGUUCCUUAAUUUAUAGUGCUGUAUUGAUCAUAGUUUGUCAUUUUGUCAUAUAAACAGAUUCUUGAAUCGUCUGCUCUUAUGCUGCCUUAAGAUGAACGUAACUACAGCAUGGACGACUACCCCCAGCACGCAUGAUCCAGAGGAUUGCUACCAGUCUGCACAUCUAGAGAAGAAGCUUUUCAUAGCCCUACACCUGACAGUGAUUCUGAUCGGCACCCCGUCCAACCUUUUCUUCCUGUAUGUGUCGUGCCAGCACAUCCGCAAUAAGAAUGAACUGGGUGUCUAUUUGUUUAAUUUGGCCCUCUCGGAUCUCCUAUUCAUCAUGUGUUUGCCCGUGUGGAUUCAGUUUACGCUUUAUGAUAAAUGGCUUUACAGCAGUACCGUGUGCACCGCCUGCAUCUUCCUGCUUUUCACAAACUUCUACAUGAGUGCCAUACUGCUGUGCUGCAUUGCUGUGGAUCGCUAUUUAGCUGUGGUUCACCCGCUCAAGUUUUGCACCUUCAGGAAACGCCAGACUGCAGUCAGUAUUAGCAUUGCCGCUUGGAUUUUUAUCAUUAUAUUCAAUGCAAUCACUGUAAUGCUAAGCAGCGUCUAUGAUGAAAAUAAUUCUGUUUGCUUGGACAUAUUUCCUUUGCAAAAAACGCAACACUUGGUCAACAUUGCUCGAUUUGUUGUGGGUUUCUUUGUCCCUGCGUUGGUGGCGGGCUUCUGUUAUUGGCAAAUCUGUCUUGAAGUGAGGAGAAAUCAAGCUCUUGUGUUGAUGGAACGUCGCCGUGUGUUUAAACUUUUAGGAAGUGUUCUACUGACGCUCUACCUCUGUUUUGGUCCUGUGCACAUCAUGAUGAUUUUAAGAGUUUUACUGGAGCAGUGUCCAUAUCCAAACUGGCUCUUUAUCAGCUAUAAGCUCAGCAUCAUGCUCUCGAUGCUCAAUUGUCUGGCUGAUCCGCUCCUCUACUGCUUCACGAGCAGAACGGGACGAGAUAGCGCCUCAAAUGUGUUACUCUUUCUCAGGAGAACAUGGAAGAGAGAAAAUCAGUGAGAAAUGGUAAUGCAAAAUGACCAAAUCCCUAGGACUGGUUAAUGUACUUUACCUCACAAAAGUUUUGACUUGACAAACUGAAGAGCUGCACCGCCAUUCAUAAACAACAAAGUGUUUUAUGCAACAUUGCAAAGUUUAGGGCUAGACUGAAACUAUGAAAUUAAAUCACAGCAUGCAAAGUGGUGUUGCAUAGUGUUUAAUGGGUCAGUUCACCCAAAAGUAAAACUUUUGCCAUUGUUUGCUCACCCUCAUAUUGUUUGAUGCAUAUGAUUUUCUCUCUUUUGUGGAAUACAAACGGAGAUAUUGCUAGAAUGUUCACAUGCACAUAUUCAAACCUGCCACAUAAUUUUCAGUUACGAAAUUAAUUUCAAAUUAACCAAAGCUUCAAAGAAGUAAUGCAAUAAAAUAUAAUUAAGAGAAAAAUUUGGGGGCCUGGGUAGCUCAGCGAGUAUUGCCGCUGACUAUCACCCCUGGAGUCGCGAGUUUGAAUUCAGGGCGUGCUGAGUGACUCCAGCCAGGUCUCCUAAGCAACCAAAUUGGCCCGGUUGCUAGGGAGGGUAGAGUCACAUGGGGUAUUCUCUUCGUGGUCACGAUUAGUGGUUCUCGCUCUCAGUGGGGCAUGUGGUAAGUUGUGCGUGGAUCGUGGAGAGUAGCAUGAGUCUCCACAUGCUGUGAGUCUCCGCGGUGUCAUGCACAACGAGUCACGUGAUAAGAUGCACGGAUUGACGGUCUCGGAAGCGGAGGCAUCUGAGACUUGUCCUCCGCUGCCUGGAUUGAGGUGAGUAACCGCGCCACCACAAGGACCUACUAAGUAGUGGGAAUUGGGCAUACCAAAUUGGGAGAAUAGGGGAUAAAACAAUUUUUUUAAAAAAAAGAAUGGGAUGGAUUUUGUUAUUUUAAUUGUUCAAAUGCGUAUAUUCAAACGUGCCAUAUCAUGUUCAGUUGCGAGCUAAAUAAUUAAUAAGCCAAAGUUUCAAAGAAAUAAUGCAAUUAAAAUAUAAGUUUUAAAUGAAUAAAAUAAGAAGAAUUGGAAUUAAUUAUAGUUAUUUUUAUGGCUAUGACUACGCAAUGAUAUGAAAACUUUUUGCCCACUGAUUUCAACCAAAAACUAUAGGCCAUCAGAUAGGCCACUUCAUCAGAUCACUGUUUUGCUCAGGAAUUAUGUUUUAAAAAUGUCCAAAGAGGUACAAAAGCUAUUUUAUUGUUCUAACAGGAAAUAGUUUUCAUUGAACAUUGACUGUCAAAAUUUUAAGAGAGCCAAGAUGAAAGAGUGGUGGUGUAGUAGACUAAAGCACAUAACUGGUAAUCAGAAGGUUGCUGGUUCGAUCCCCACAGCCACCACCAUUGUGUCCUUGAGCAAGGCACUUAACUCCAGGUUGCUCCAGGGGGAUUGGCCCUGUAAUAAGGGCACUGUAAAUUGCUUUGGAUAAAAGUGUCUGCCAAAUGCGUAAAUGUAAGAUAAGCACAAGAUAAAAUAAAUGAUAUCACAACUGAUGUUGUAAAAACAAAAAAGGGUUAUUUUGCACUUCUAAAAUAUUUUUCAUAUUAUGCAUUACACACUGAACAAAAAUAUUAUAAACUUUAUACAAUGCAAUAAAUUUACGUAAUUAUUUAUAAAUAAACCAUUAGUUUUUCAUAUCAGAAUUUUCAUGCUUAUGACGGAUAUGCCUGUUGUUUUAAUUAGCCAAUAAUCGAUAAAUAUCGGUGGCCGAUACAACGGUGAAUCCCUAGCAAUGACCAUCUUAACUUACACUUACGAAAAGCCUAAUUAUGCCAUUUUGAGAAAUGGAAACAGUCCUGUAUGUCAACAGAAAUUCCUGUCUUUGUCAAAAAAGAGAAAUUAACUUCAAAGUUUUAUUUUCAUCCUUGCUGUCUGAAUAUUUUACACAAAAAUAUUAAAUCUAUUUAAAGAGAAAAUCUGUAUCAUGUGUUAUACGUUACACUCAAGCAAAAAAAUAAAAAAAUAAU